CGCUGACAGACAGACGGCAGAAUCAUGACGUGUUUUGGACGUUUUGGUGCUUCCUGAUGUUUAGAUGAGUGUUUGUGGUGCGAAUUUAAAUUGGAAUCAUUCUUCUGUAGGAAACUAGAUCUAAAUUACUGUAAUCAAGACUGAAGUGCGUUAUUCGAAAUGACUAUCACCGACUAUGUUUCGGCACUGUCGGAUAAUCCGUACUUCGGGGCCGGUUUUGGUCUAUUUGGGCUCGGAGCCGGAGCUGCAAUGUUACGUAAAGGCCUGCAGGGCGCGUUGAUUUUGUUUCGCCGCCACUACAUGAUAACGCUGGAGGUUCCAUGUCGGGACAAGUCAUACCAGUGGGUACUGCAGUGGAUCACCCAGAAGGGAGCUCGACACACACAGCAUCUGAGUGUGGAAACAUCGUUUCAACAGCGCGAUACCGGCCACGUUAACACGAAGUACGAUUUCAUACCAUCUAUCGGGACGCAUAUAAUGCGGUACGGAGGUACGUGGAUCAAGGUGGAUCGUGCACGAGAACAACAUACGUUGGAUUUACACGCUGGAAUACCGUGGGAAACUGUCCAACUAACUGCCUUUGGUCGGGAUAAGAACUUGUAUUUUAAAAUACUAGAAGAAGCCAGGCAGCUUGCUCUGAAAAACACGGAAGGCAAAACUAUUAUGUACACCGCCAUGGGUUCCGAAUGGCGCCCGUUUGGUCACCCAAGGAAACGAAGACCUUUGAAAUCCGUCGUGCUGGACGAUGGAGUUACGGAUCGAAUUCUGCGCGACUGCCGAGAAUUCAUUCAGAACCCUCAGUGGUACGCGGAUCGUGGCAUUCCAUACCGCAGGGGCUAUCUUCUACACGGACCACCAGGCUGUGGAAAAUCUAGUUUCAUUACUGCUCUGGCAGGCGAAAUCGAGUUUGGCAUUUGCUUGCUGAACUUGUCGGAGCGUGGCCUUACGGACGACCGAUUAAACCACCUGAUGAACGUUGCGCCUCAGCAAUCAAUCAUCCUGUUGGAGGACAUUGACGCUGCAUUUUUAUCUCGAGAAGAUACCAAAACGCAAAAAGCGGCAUUUGAAGGGCUUAAUCGAGUCACGUUCAGCGGAUUGCUUAACUGCUUGGAUGGAGUGGCAUCAACGGAAGCGAGAAUUGUGUUCAUGACUACCAACUACAUUGACAGGCUAGAUCCCGCACUGAUACGACCGGGUCGAGUUGAUGUCAAAGAGUACGUUGGCCACUGUACUAGGCAUCAGCUGGAGCAGAUGUUCAUGCGAUUUUACGCAGGAGAAGAAGGUGCACAAAAUGCGAGAGUGUUUGCUGAUAAUGUACUGCAGGAUGGGCGCAAUGUUAGUCCCGCUCAGGUUCAGGGAUAUUUUAUGAUUCAUAAAAUGUCGGAUCAGAUGACAGUGGUAGAGAAUGUUCAGAAAAUAUGGGAUAACUUGUGAUAGAUACGUAAUGGAAUGUUAGAUUAAAUGCAAAGUAUUGUUAUGAAUAAAUUCUUACAGUUGCCUGGUCGGGUUACCCUCAGAA